AUUCAAGAGUGUAGAGCACAGGGUACUGGUAAACCAUAGAGGUCCAAGGAUAUCGGUUGUGAGCUUUUUUUGCACAGGAAUGCUGCCAUCAACAAAGCUUUAUGGACCUAUCAAGGAGUUAUUAUCAGAAGACAACCCUCCAAAGUACAGGGAGACCACUGUGAGGGACUAUGUUGCAUACCACAGCCAGAAGAGCUUGGAUGGUAAAUCUUCCUUGUCUCAUGUCAAGCUUUGA